CGAUCAUUCAGCAUCAUGCCUGAACCAGGCAAGUCCGCGCCUAAGAAGGGCUCCAAGAAGGCCGUCACGAAGACCGCCGGUAAGGGAGGAAAGAAGCGCAGAAAGUCCAGGAAGGAGAGCUACGCCAUCUACGUGUACAAAGUGCUGAAGCAGGUUCAUCCUGACACCGGCAUCUCCUCCAAGGCGAUGGGCAUCAUGAACUCUUUCGUCAACGACAUCUUCGAGCGCAUCGCCGGUGAGGCGUCUCGUCUCGCUCACUACAACAAGCGCUCCACCAUCACGUCGAGAGAGAUCCAGACCGCCGUGCGUCUGCUGCUGCCCGGUGAGCUGGCCAAACACGCCGUGUCUGAGGGCACCAAGGCCGUCACCAAGUACACCAGCUCCAAGUAGAGUCCCCGAGACUCCCACACACCCAAAGGCUCUUUUAAGAGCCACC